AAGCGCUAGAGGUUGCCGAAGCAGGUCCGGAAGUUGCCGACAGAUUCCGGAAGUUGCCGAAAGAGAGCAGAGGGGGAAGGAGGAUGGCGGAUAUCGUCGCAAGACUCCGAGAGGACGGGAUCCAAAAGCGUGUGAUACUAGAGGGUCGAGGAGAUCUCCCUGACUUUCAGGAUGGGACCAAGGCCACCUUCCACUACCGGACGCUGCACAGUGACCAGGAGGGCACCGUGCUGGAUGACAGCCGGGCCUGCGGCAAGCCCAUGGAGCUGAUCAUCGGCAAGAAGUUCAAGCUGCCCGUGUGGGAGACCAUUGUGUGCACCAUGCGCCCGGGAGAGAUCGCCCAGUUCCUCUGCGAUGUCAAGCACGUGGUCCUGUACCCCCUGGUGGCCAAGAGUCUGCGCAACAUCGCGGCGGGCAAGGACCCGCUGGAAGGGCAGCGGCACUGCUGUGGCAUCGCCCAGAUGCAUGAGCACAGCUCGCUGGGCCAUGCCGACCUCGACGCCUUGCAGCACAACCCCCAGCCCCUCAUCUUCCACAUCGAGAUGCUGACGGUGGAGAAACCCGGCGCCUACCAGCAGGACCCGUGGGCCAUGACAGAUGAGGAGAAGGCCAAAGCCGUGCCCAUCAUCCACCAGGAGGGCAACCAGCUGUACCGGGACGGGCACGUGAAGGAGGCCGCUGCCAAAUACUACGACGCCAUCGCCUGUCUCAAGAACCUGCAGAUGAAGGAACAGCCCGGGUCCCCCGACUGGAUCGAGCUAGACCAGCAGAUCACCCCGCUGUUGCUCAACUACUGCCAGUGCAAGCUGGUGGCUGAGGAGUACUACGAGGUGCUGGACCACUGCUCCUCCAUCCUCAACAAGUACGAAGGCUGCCGCCUCCUGCCACUACUGCCCCCUGCAGACAACGUCAAGGCCUACUUCAAGCGCGGCAAGGCCCACGCGGCCGUGUGGAACGCCCAGGAGGCCCAGGCCGAUUUCGCCAAAGUGCUGGAGCUGGACCCGGCCCUGGCGCCCGUCGUGAGUCGGGAGCUGCGGGCCCUGGAAGCCCGGCUCCGGCAGAAGGACAAGGAAGAGAAGGCCCGCUUCCGAGGCAUCUUCUCCCACUGACAGGUCCCCGGCCUGUCCACUGCUGCCUCCGCCAGCUCUGCCCCCCACCUCUCUGUAUAAAGGCCUUAUUUAUCUC